AUGUCUGGCUACAGCGGCAGCGUCACCUCCUUGACCCUGACCGCGUAUGGAACGUCGAUUGGCUCGCCGACGCUAUCCGCGACGAUCGCUGGGGUGACCUUAUCGAUCGACGCGUCGAACGGCGGUUCAAACGCGUGCUCCGUGUGCAAAUCGUGGUCGUCAACGAGCGACACAUACGAAAGCGGCAUCGCCGACUGGACUUGGGGAUCGGUCGCGUUUGAGCCGACAUCUUCCUCGAUGGGGACUGCGCACCCAAAUGCGUGCAUCGCCAAGUUCUCGCUCACCGUCACGAGUACCAUGAUGCCGCCAGCGACCCCUCCUCCGUCACCCUCGACGCCGUCUGUUCCUGCAGUUCAGCCCUCGCCACCUCCGAUGCCGCCUGCCCCUCCCUACCGGCCGCCGAUGCCGCCGUCGCCGCCACCGGCUGCAUACAUGUAUGUCCUUGGAGGCUAUUCGUGCUCGACGAUACCUUGCCAGGUCACGAUGACAGCCCUCGGCGGGUAUGUCUAUGCGGUCGGCGGCGACGGGCAUGGGCUGCCGGGCGGCUCCGCCGAGCGGCAAAAUCUGCGCUACGACCCGACGGGGAAUAGCUGGGCGUUCCGUGCCAGUGCCCCGUACGACAUCGGCACCUCGGCCGUCUCCCUCUUCGGCCACAUGUACGUCUUUGGCCAGGGCAGAAUCCAGCGGUACGACCCGGUCGCCAACAGCUGGGCGCAAAUGGGCUUCAUGCCGAGCGGUUGGGAGAUCCCCACAGGUCGGCCGCUGUGGCCAAGCGUCGCGGUGCUGGAGCACCUCAUUUAUUUUGGUUGCGAUGGCACCCCACGGCUAAUCUCGUACGCUCCUCCGGCUGACGGCAACUCGCAACAUGCCGUCUGGACGCCACUCGCGUCGAUGGCGUGCACUCGCAAGCAGGUCAAUGGCCUCGCGCCGCUCAACGGCUACCUGUACGCUGCUGGCGUCGAGUGCAACGGCGCGUGGGGCGUGGUCGAGCGGUACGACCCCGCCCUCGACGCGUGGACCUUCGUCGCGCCUACCAUCGGACGCUUCGAGGAGCGGAACAACCACCUCCUCACGUUCAAUGGCUACCUGUACGCGCUCAGCGAUAGCCAGUCGAACUCCGAGAUGGAGCGGUACGACCCGGCCGCGGGCCCGAAUGGCACGUGGAUGGCUGUGCAGGGCAUGACAUACCCUCGCGGCGCCUAUGGGCUGAGCGUUGGUGGGAUUGCACCGCCCUCGCCGCCGCAGCCGCCGCAGUCGCCCCCUUCUCCACCACCGAGCCCGCCACCGGAACCCUCGCCGCCGCCACCCUCGCCGCCGCCACCCUCACCGCCGCCGCCCAGCUUGCCUCCGACGAGCCCGCCGCUCGCUCCGCUGCACCAGACCCUGACGUUCUGGAGCAGCCGCGCGACGGGUCCUACCUGGUGCACGGUGUGCAGCCAGGUGUACGGCUGCACGUCCUGGGGUUCGGACCACUCCCACCCUUGGGCUGGCAACUGGCCGAACUUCGAGAUGUCUGGCUACAGCGGCAGCGUCACCUCCUUGACCCUGACCGCGUAUGGAACGUCGAUUGGCUCGCCGACGCUAUCCGCGACGAUCGCUGGGGUGACCUUAUCGAUCGACGCGUCGAACGGCGGUUCAAACGCGUGCUCCGUGUGCAAAUCGUGGUCGUCAACGAGCGACACAUACGAAAGCGGCAUCGCCGACUGGACUUGGGGAUCGGUCGCGUUUGAGCCGACAUCUUCCUCGAUGGGGACUGCGCACCCGAAUGCGUGCAUCGCCAAGUUCUCGCUCACCGUCACGAGUACCAUGAUGCCGCCAGCGACCCCUCCUCCGUCACUGCCGCCACCCAUCGUGCCAUCGUUUCUGGUCUCGCCGCCGCCCGCGCUGCCGCCCUCGCCGCCCGCGCCACCUCCGUCUCCAUCGCCGCCUCCGUCAUACUCAACCAUCUCACACACGAACUUCUCGUACACGGGCAACGACGUGACGUUCCCGCUCAACAACGCCACGUGCGUCAACGUGACGCUCAAGGGCGCUGGAGGCGGGGAAAGUUGCAACGGCGCCUAUCCAGGCGCCAGCGGCGGCUACACCUCCGCAAUCGUUGUUCUCCCCGCGGGCACGUCUGCGCUGACCAUCAUCGUCGGCGAGGCUGGCCCAAAGUGCUACCGCUCGUCGCGUGCAUAUGGCGGCGGCGGUCGGGGUGGGAAUGACGGCGGGAACGGCGGCGGUGGCGGCGGAGGCCGCAGCGCGAUCCGCAUCCAUGGCGUUAACGCCGACCUGCUCACCGCAGGGGGCGGCGGCGGCGCCGGCAACUUUAACAGUUAUGCCCCCGGCGCCGGCGGUGGGAGCGUGGGUGGCCAUUCUGCGGGUUGGCCCGGCGGCUACGGAGGCACCCAAACGGGGGGCGGCUCGCGCGGCUGCGGCGGCUUCCGGUGUGGUAGCAACGGCUGGCAGUACAACGGCGGCGACUCUAGCCACUCGGGGUAUGGCGGCGGCGGCGGCGGCGGCGGCUACUUUGGCGGCGGCGGCGGCGGCGGUCAGCACCACAACCAUGGCCCCGGCGGCGGCGGCUCCGGCUUCAUCGGGCCGUACACAACGGUCGUCUACGCCCUGGAAGAUACCACGACCAGUGCCGGGGCCGGCCCCUCGGAAUACGGCGAGGUGACGAUCGGUGUGGUGACGACUGACGUUGAUGGCCAAUGCAUCGUGCCAUCGUUUCUGGUCUCGCCGCCGCCCGCGCCGCCGCUCUCGCCGCCCUCGCCGACCUCGCCUCCCUCGCCUCCGCCUCCCUCGGCUUCGCCCUCUCCGCCGCCGCCGUCGCUUUCCCCCUCGCCGCCGUCGCCGUCGCUUUUUCCCUCGCCACCACCCCCCUCGCCGCCGCAACCCUCACCGCCGCCGCUCAGCCCGCCUCCCUCGAGCCCGCCGCCGCCAUCCCCGCCAUCCCCUCUUCCUCCCUUGCCGCCACCGCCCUCGCUCUCACCGCUUCCUCCUCCACCCUUGCCGCCGCCCUCGCCGCCGUCUCCAUCGCCGCCUCCGUCAUACUCAACCAUCUCACACACGAACUUCUCGUACACGGGCAACGACGUGACGUUCCCGCUCAACAACGCCACGUGCGUCAACGUGACGCUCAAGGGCGCUGGAGGCGGGGAAAGUUGCAACGGCGCCUAUCCAGGCGCCAGCGGCGGCUACACCUCCGCAAUCGUUGUUCUCCCCGCGGGCACGUCUGCGCUGACCAUCAUCGUCGGCGAGGCUGGCCCAAAGUGCUACCGCUCGUCGCGUGCAUAUGGCGGCGGCGGUCGGGGUGGGAAUGACGGCGGGAACGGCGGCGGUGGCGGCGGAGGCCGCAGCGCGAUCCGCAUCCAUGGCGUUAACGCCGACCUGCUCACCGCAGGGGGCGGCGGCGGCGCCGGCAACUUUAACAGUUAUGCCCCCGGCGCCGGCGGUGGGAGCGUGGGUGGCCAUUCUGCGGGUUGGCCCGGCGGCUACGGAGGCACCCAAACGGGGGGCGGCUCGCGCGGCUGCGGCGGCUUCCGGUGUGGUAGCAACGGCUGGCAGUACAACGGCGGCGACUCUAGCCACUCGGGGUAUGGCGGCGGCGGCGGCGGCGGCGGCUACUUUGGCGGCGGCGGCGGCGGCGGUCAGCACCACAACCAUGGCCCCGGCGGCGGCGGCUCCGGCUUCAUCGGGCCGUACACAACGGUCGUCUACGCCCUGGAAGAUACCACGACCAGUGCCGGGGCCGGCCCCUCGGAAUACGGCGAGGCCACCAUGGAGAAUCAGCAGCCCAUCAGCUCCGUGACCGUCACCCGGGACACCAAGAACAAGCCGUCAAAGGCGAAGAAAUAUCUCGAAGACUUCGAGAUCUGGGUCGGCAAGAAGGCUGGAGAAAAGGCGGUGAAAUGCGGCGGACCAUUUGCCUGGCACCGCUACGUGACUGUCAUUCUCCCCGGCACGAAGAACACGCUGGCGUUUGGCGAGAUAAAGGUGCGGGCCGCGGCGCCAGCGUCGCCGCGCACCGGCAGCGGCACGCGCCUCAACUCGGCGGGGCGGCUGAUCGACGCGAGCACCGGCCGCUACGUCGCAUCGUCGUCGCCGCGCUCGCCCGCUCCCGCCCGUGCCGUCUCGCCACCCCGCACGCCGGUCCGCGCCCCGCCUGCCGCGGCGCCAGCGUCGCCGCGCACCGGCAGCGGCACGCGCCUCAACUCGGCGGGGCGGCUGAUCGACGCGAGCACUGGCCGCUACGUGCCGCAGAAGUGA